AUGGCCUAUGAAAUUUCUAGAAACUCGCACUCUGACGCAUUUUUCUUUGGAAACUAUGACUUGCUAGGGGACACGAGAGCCACGUGCGGUUGCGGCGCCGAGAGGCCCGAUCGGAGAGGGACCUCGGCGUGGCGGGAACUGCAGCAGCGCGAGCGUCGGCUCCUGUGCGCUCGGCGAGGUCGCGUGCGGCGGCUGACUGGCGCUGGCGAGGCUCAGCUUGUUACUGUGUUUUUGGCGAUUAGCGGCCGUGUACGGACUAGUUAUUACCAGCAUGUCUUGGCCAUGGCAUUUGCUGUGAAGGAAAUCAAUGAAAACCUCCAACUCUUGCCCAAUGUCACCUUGGGCUUCCACAUACGUGAUAAUUACAUGACUGACUGGAAUACUUAUCGUGCUACAAUACAACUUCUCUCUGCAAAGAACAGAUUUAUUCCCAACUACAAGUGUGACUUCCAGAACAAUGUGAUAGCAGUCGUUGGAGGAGUUCAAGCGAAAACUUCUCUCUACAUAGCAACUGUGUUAUCCAUCUACAACAUUCCACAGCUCGCCUACAGUUCUACGCCAUUUAUUAAUGAAACCUUCUCAGAACUUUCCAGUUAUCAGAUGGUCCCAAAUGAAGCCCAGCAGUACAAGGGAAUCCUGCAGCUUAUGCUACAUUUCAGGUGGACAUGGAUUGGGCUCAUGGUUGAAGACGAUGAGCGUGGAGAAAGAUUUCAGCAAGCCAUGCUUCCUCUGUUUUCUCAGAAUGGCAUCUGCAUAGCUGUGAUAGCAAAAAUCCACCACACUUCUAGGAUAACUGAUUUUUCUGACACGAUCCGAAAUCAAUUGCAAAAUUAUGACAUUCUUCAUCACUUCCUGAAAAGUGUCUCAUUCAAUAACAGUGCUGGGGAGAAAAUUUCAUUUGAUGGCAGCAAAGUUGCAACAGGGUAUGAUAUUAUCAACCAGCUUGCUUUCCCAAAUCGAUCUUUUUUCAAAGUGAAAAUUGGGGAGAUUCAUCCAGAAGCUCCAGCAGACCAAAUGCUUACCAUUAAUGAAGAGAGGAUCACAUGGAACAAUUGGUUUAACAAGACACAGCCCCUUUCUGUCUGCAGUGAAAGUUGCCAUCCUGGUUCGAUGAAGCAAAUGAAGGAAAGGGAGCAAUUUUGCUGCUAUGACUGCAAACUUUGUCCAGAAGGGAAGAUUUCUAGUCAGAAGGACUUGGAUGAGUGUACGCAAUGCAGACAAGAUCAUUAUCCAAACCUGGGACAAAACCAGUGCAUUCCCAAAGUGAUCACUUUUUUGUCUUACGAAGAGCCACUGGGGAUCACUUUAGUGACUUUUGUCUUUUCCUUUUCUUUCAUCACUCUUUUGGUGCUAGGAAUCUUCAUAAAACACCACAGCACCCCCAUUGUCAAAGCCAACAACAGGAAUCUCACCUAUUCUCUCCUGAUCUCUCUCCUCCUUUGCUUCCUUUGUGCCCUGCUCUUCAUUGGUCAACCACAACUGGUGUCCUGUCUCUUCCAACAAGUCAUUUUUGGCAUGGUUUUCUCAGUAGCUAUUUCUUGUGUGCUAGCAAAAACUGUCAUGGUGGUUCUGGCUUUCCUAAGCAUCCAACCAGGAAGCAGCCUGAGGAAGUGGGUGGGGAAAAGAGUGGGCAAUUCAAUUGUGAUUUCCUGUUCCUUUUUCCAAGCAGUCCUUUGUUUUGUGUGGCUAGCCACUUCUUCCCCAUUUCCAGAUGCUGACAUGCACUCAGAGACUGAAACAGUUGUACUGGAAUGCAAUGUGGGGUCUGUCACCAUGUUUUACUGUGUCUUGGGCUACAUGGGCUUCCUGGCCAUUGUUAGCUUUGUGGUAGCUUUCUUGUCCAGGAAGUUACCUGACAGUUUUAAUGAAGCCAAAUUUAUCACAUUCAGUGUCUUGGUCUUUUGCAGUGUUUGGAUCUCUUUUGUUCCCACCUACCUGAGCACCAAGGGGAAAUACAUAGUGGCUGUGGAGAUCUUCUCCAUCUUAGCCUCCAGUGCUGGCCUUCUGUGUGGCAUCUUUGCCCCCAAAUGUUACAUUAUGUUGCUGCAUCCUGAGCUGAACAACAGGGAAUAUAUGAUAAGAAGAAAAAUGCAAUAA